AUGGAAUCCUCUGCAACUCUAUCUCUUUCUCAGCUUGCUUAUGUGUACCCUGCAACACCCAGAAGCAACAAAGCUUAUCCCUUUUGGCCUUGCAAGCGAAGAAGCUCACAGCCAACACGCUUACACUGCAACAAGAUGUAUGUACCAGGAUUCGGAGAAGCAUCACCGGAAGCGAAGGCGGCUAAAAACCUCCACAACUUCUUCACCUAUGUUGCAGUGAAGAUUGUUGCUGCUCAACUUGAGAGCUACAAUCCUGAAGCAUAUGAGGAGCUGAUUGAAUUUCUUGGUAGACACUCGUUGAAUGAUGGUGACAAGUUCUGUGCCAGCAUGUUCAGAGAAUCAUCAAGACAUAAGAACUUAGCCCUACGCAUAAUGGAGGUGAGAUCAGCAUACUGCAAAAAUGAUUUUGAAUGGGACAACUUGAAGCGCCUAGCUUUCAAGAUGGUCACAGAAUCUAACACGAGGCUCAUGACGGAAUAUGUUUUAGAAACCAGUCAUGUUGAAAGCGAGAAGUGA